GAAUAGCAGUUUUAACCGAUUUCCUUUUUGAGUUGAUUUUUUAUUGUUAUUGACGCUAUCUUUAUUCCUGCUAGGCGAUGAGCAAGUACAAGCAUAAAAAAGAGGAGACUUUAUCUAAGAAAAGGAAAGCACUGAAAAUCAACUACAAGAAAUGCAUCUCGAGGAUCAAACGGUACAAAGGUGUCACGAGCAUUGUUGUUUCGGUGAAAGGCGAACUGUACGACACUUCUCUGGAAAAUAUGCACAUAGCCGAGUUCAUCAACUACAAAUUCAACGCUAUUGCGUCCAGGGUGAGGAGAGACAUGAGGGACAUCGACCCCAUGGAGGACGUCAAGUGCAUCCGUUUGACGACCAACUUCUACGAGGCGAUUAUCGGCCUCGGUGGCAAGCCGGAUAGAGAGUUCAUGAUAUUCGUGACGCAAAAAACGCCUGAUUCGAUACCUCGGCCGCCCAAGAAGCCGAAACUGACCAGCGUUUACGUCAAACCGACCAACCCAAUGAAACCGCUCCAUUCGAGAAAGGACCCCGUUAAAGAUUUACAGCUCGAGUUGUUUGGAAUAACGACAGACGCAGCUGAGAAGCAAGUCGUGCAGCAACAGCUAGAUGAAGAGAGAACAGUCAAGAUAGCAGAAAUGGAAACUUCACGCAAGUACGACAACAGGGUGAGGCACCUUGCAAAGGUCACUUCGAAGGCGUUGCAGGCGGCGAAUCCCCAAGGGCAGCAAAUGGACAGGAUGGUCGCCUUCAGGAAGAGAAUCCUCGACAAAAGACAGAAAGACCGAGAAGCCCAGAAAUCCAACUUGAAACUUCCGGAAAUACCCAAAAAAAUCGAACAGAUUGAAGCGUUCUCGAAAAUGGGCUACCACAAGCCUAGAAUGAACAGGAGGGUCAGCAUUUACGACAGUGACGGCUACAAGAUCAGAGGUGACGUCGCCAUCGGCUACAGGCCGAUAAUCGAUCCGGUCCUCUUUCCCAUGAAAAAGACGCUGAGAAAGAAAUACAAGCCGAGAGGAGUUUUCCAGAAAAGGUUCUCAAUAGAGGACAAACCGCACUCAGAGAAAGGAUCCGAGGCAUCCACAUCUAAAAAAGAAGAUGUUCGCGUAGAAGAGGAAGACGAUGAAGAUGAAUUUCGUGAUAUUUAAUUUGACCCAAUAAGCUGAAAAAUCUUAAUAGAAGUGCAGUGCAAAUAAAACUUCUCUACAAUUUCUAA